AUGGCUUAUGCGUUGAGGAGGGGCCAGAAAAUAAAAGGAUUUUCCAUUUCGAAAAGAUUUGUUUCUUCCCCUGCGGUUAGCCUAAAUGAUGAAAUUGUUGGUUCAUUUGAGUCACACUCAACCACCAAAACUAGCCGAACUAUACCCAAUAAUGCAUUAAAUACCUCGAGAAAUACGCCAUCACAAUUAUUCUUAAACUCUUUAUCGGAAAGUUAUUUUGCUCCUACAGUUAAGACGGGAACUACAUUACCAAAAAAUGAAGUAAUCAAAAGAGAAUUAUGCAAGUUAGUUGAAUUAAGACAGUUUGAUACGUUGAUAGACUUAUUUUUGAAAUUAACUUCGAGGGCGGAAAGUAGCCUGUGGUCGUCAAUAUUGACUAGCCAAGAGCUCUCGUAUUUUAUUCGUGAUAUUAUCAAGCAUCAAAUAAAAUUAAUUAAUCAAGCAGCAGAUCAUAAAAUUUCAUUACGGUCAGACACUAAAAUUAAAAGCAAGCUAGCAGAAGCAAGGCGAUUUCGUGAAAAGAUAAGAAAACUCUAUGGGAAUCUAAUAUAUUCGGAUGGACAAUCUUCUAUAUAUGCUGUGACUAUGAGAUCUAGUCUAUAUAAUUCUAACGAUUUAACCGGGUACAAAUUGUCAGUUACUGACUAUGAGAACUUAAUAAUGCUUGAAUUAUACAACAAGAAAAUUGAUUUGGCAUCAAAAUGGUUUCAAAGAUUUGAACAACAAUAUCCACAGGGCCAACACUAUGAACUAAUGACGUAUAAUAUGUGGGUCUUAAAGUUUCAAGUAUAUUGUGGAGGUUCACCGUUUUUAUGGAAGAUACCCCAAACAGAUUUAUAUGCGAAUUAUUAUAACCCUCGGAAAAGUGCAUUCAAGUCAGAAACUUCGUGGUUAGAAGUAUUUACAGAGUUUUUAAAGAACCACGGUAAAAGUAGUAAUACAGCGGUAAUAAGUGACAAAUUAAACGAGACGCUUAUUUAUUCCAUAGGAUAUGCAAGAAAUCUUGAUUAUUUAACAAAAUACAUCGAAAGCAUCUGGGGUAUAACACCAGAUGGUAACGUAUCGGAGAAUUUUACUAUAUUGAAAAGUGAUGAUCCUAAAUUUCCUAGCUUGAAUACUUUGAAGGCUAUGGUUAUAUCAUUGUCGUACAAUCAAGAAUUCUUCCAGGCCAUGACAUACGUAAAUGCAUUCCAAAAAAUAUAUGGUGAUUCAAUUGAUUUAUCGAGUGCAAAGGCUAAAAACUUUUGGGAUAGUACUUUUAAAUGGUGUGAUAUAUCAACUAAAUUUGACGAAGAAAGAGCACUUUCGUACUAUAUAAAGCAAACAACGGAUACCAGCACACGCAACAAAAAGAAGCCCAGUCUUAAGGAGGCACAAGAAAAUGCUGAUUUUGAUUAUGAGGGAUUUUUAUUGUUUAUUAGUGAACUCAAGUCUAAAAGAUCGACGACCAUGGUCAAGUUAUGGGAGCUUCAUAAAGACACAAAUACUUUUUUCUCUCCAAAAUCAUAUAAAGUGUACUUGAACUAUUUAUUUGAAGAUCAAACGGAAGAGAAGUUAUACGAUGUCAUGAGCUUGUUGGCCAAGCAAUACCACUAUUAUCAUGUUUCUAAAAAUUCCUUCAAUAAAAUACAUUUGACAACUAAUAAACUUAACGAUACCGAUGAGAGUGUCUAUUCAUUAUACAAUACUGCAUUACGCGAGUUAAUUAAUGUUAAAUGGAAGGCUGGUUAUGCUGGCCAAUGCCAACCAUUAAUCGACGAAUGGGCAUUAAAUCAGCAGAUGCACAAUACUACGUCUCAGUGGUUUAAAGAUACCAUAAUGCCGCAAUACAGGGUCAUGAUGGAAAAUAAAAGAGAAGAAGUUAUGAUUAAACAAAAGACUGAGGAUGAUGAAAAGCUUUUAGACUUAUUUUAA